UCUCCCUCCUCUCAUCUCUGAGGUAAGAACAGAAGACAUGUUCAGUGAAGUAUCCAUAAUACACAUUACUAACCACAAAGCAGCUGGAGAGUGACAGAGAGGGGAUGACACGCUGCAAAGGGCCACAGGUAGGAAUCAAACCUGGGCUGCUGCUAAGGACUCAGCCUACAUGGGGCGCACGCUCUACUUGGCAGACCUCGGAGAGGAUCAUCCCUUCGCUAUAGAGCUCUGACAGAGACCUGAAUGCUACACAAGGGACCCAGGGGAAGGGCCGGGAAAAUGCCCUUGUAUACCAACAGGAUGUCACGGUAGGCUACACUCGGGGUGCAGAGGGAGACAGAGAGAGGUACUGCAAAGGAUGAAGAUGGACCUCAGAGGAAACCCAGAGAUAAAACUGCAGUUUUGAGUGACCUCACCUGGCUUGCAGAACAAUGUGGAGCUGCAGAGAGCAGAAUUAUUGAGACAAAAACAGCCCAACCAGUGAGGACAAUAUCUCUUCUGUACGUCUCUGCUUGGCAACACUGCUCUGCCUCCGGGUGCACGGGUUUAUCUGACUGGAGCAACAAGCCAUCACUGGGACUGUCUCUCAUGUCAUCUCUGACAUGAUGCUGCUGCUGAUGAUGAUGAUGAUGAUGAUGGUGAUGAUAUCUAACUCGGACCAGUCACAUUUCUGACACUCCUGCAGCACAGACACAUAUUCCUUGUGUGUUGAGGCAGCAGCAGAGACAGAAGGAGCUGGUCGGUGUGGAAUCAGUGGCCUAUUUAUCUGGAAGUGUAGCGUCUGGACACCUGUGACCAUGGAUCUGUAGUCCCCCUGUGACCUAGUUGGGGCGGCGGGGAGCUUAACAAAUAGACUGCUGUGGUUUGCCCUCCAGAGGAGAGCGUUAAACAGGUGAAGCUGAACGCUGCUCUCAUUAGUUACAGAUGCAGUCACCUGCCACUCACCAGAGACUGAUGCCAGAAAGUUUCCACAGCUAUUUCUGCCGGAGACACUUGAGGAAUGGCUCAGACUCUGUGACUGGAUGUAAGCUCAGUGGAAUUUACUGUACUGCUGGAGACCAUGCAGAUAACAGAAGGAAUAUCCAGCCUCGUCUUCAGCCUGGGGGACUGUAGUUUUGUUCUUAAAGUGUUUCUUUUUUAAUGUGGUGAUAUGUUUAUCAUCGACAGUGAUUUCAAAGUGUAACUUUAUAUUUUGCAGUUUUUUGAGCAUCUGUCCGAGUGAGCCAAUCAUGGCCAGCAUGGCGGUCCAACUCCUCGGCUUCUUCUUGGGGCUGUUGGGGUUCGUAGGGACUGUCGUUGCGACUCUGCUCCCCCACUGGCGCAGCACAGCCUACGUGGGCGCCAACAUCAUCACAACCACCGCCUAUAUGAAAGGCCUGUGGAUGGAGUGUGUGUGGCACAGCACUGGCAUCUACCAAUGUGAGGUGUACAGAUCUCUACUGGCACUGCCACGCGACCUGCAGGCUGCCCGGGCGCUCAUGGUGCUCUCCUGCGUCACCUCAGUCCUGGCGUCUCUGGUGUCCGUGAUGGGGAUGAAGUGUACCCGCUUCGCCCGUGACUCAUUGAUCAAGUCUCCCCUGGUGCUGAGUGGGGGGAUCUGUUUCCUCUGUGCCGGCCUGCUCUGCCUGGUCACCGUGUCCUGGACCACCAACGAUGUCAUCAUGGAUUUCUACGACCCCUUCCUUCCAAGCGGCUUGAAGUACGAGAUCGGCCUGGCCGUGUACCUCGGCUACGCCUCGGCCUGCCUCAGUCUGGCCGGAGGACUGGUACUAUGCUGGAGCAGCAAUGGUGGCAGGUCACAGAGGCCCCCCUAUGUGCAGAGGAGUCAGCCAAUUUCACCUCCACCUGCCUUCAACCACAUAUAUCCUCCUGCUCCACCCUACAAGCCCCCCGAGGCCCUGAAGGACAAUCGCGCUCCUUCACUUUGCUCCCUUUCCAGCAGCGGCUAUAGGCUCAACAACUACGUCUAAGCCUGGGGGAAACACAAUAACUGCAGAACUAUGGGGACUGUUAUGAGCGAAAAAGAUACUGCAUAGACCAAAACAGUCCACUGAACACUUCUCCAACAUUAUUUUUAAUGUCUUAACACGUAUUUUAGCCUUCUCUAUACCCAAAAAACAAGUUUAAAAAUGAAAAAAGUGAAGACCAGUUUGUUACAUCACCAUGUUUGACCAAAGAUCAGAUUUUGAAAGGAUAUCAAAAUUUGACAAACUGCUCAGGCUUUCCUCGAACUUUAACAUGACCCAGAUCUGAGAGCCAGAUCUGAGAGCCAGUGUGUGUGAGAGAACUGAGACUCUGCUAUGUACCUGAAGGACCAGAAGGUGGCGAUAUUUUACUGCACAUAGCCACAAAGGAGAGUACAUAAGCAUACAGAUUCAACGUCCUAUGCUGUAACACACUUGUUAAUGGAUGAGCUAUUGUUCUGUCACUUCCUUGUUGUAGCCUACUUUCUUGUUGGGAUUAACUUUUUUUCUGAAAGUCAGUUCAAAUAUGAUAGUUCUUUUAAAGGGAAUGGAUGAUAUUUUAUCUCAGUAUUCAAUAUUUUAAUGCCAAAGAAAAUAAAAACUGACAGUU